AUGGGCGUCAUUCACAGGGGGCCAAGCACUUCAACAAACACCCCAGCGGCAGAUCCAGGGUCAGACAUAUCCGCCGCUGACGAGCGUCGCAUUAAUGCACCAUAUUUCAGGUCAGGAGCCCCACCAGUGAUCAACCCCCUCAACACUCGUUUCCCACGGGACACCAUCAUCCCAGGGUCUUUCGCAGUCACUCUGACAUGGACGCUGCCCAACCGUACCACAGGGGUGUUCAAUGUCACCAGCCCGCUCCCUGGAGACUGGUUCCUGGCUGCACAUCUACCAAAGGACGAAGGAAAAAUCUCUGUCAAGGGUCUUCAUGAAGAAUGUCAGUACCUCUUCCAACCUCAGCUGAUAGUCCAGAGGCUCAUUGGGAUUUCAGUGCUGUAUCCUGGCUACUUCAUAGACCAGAUGAUUCCAGUUCACAACAGAUCUGUUCUCUACAAAGUGUUCAUUCCCAGCUACAUAUCUCUGGUGAAAGUCCAGCUGGUGGACUGCGGCACCAGGAACAAGAGUGGUGAGAGUUGUCCGGUGCUGCUGAAGAUGCGGGCCAGGGCUCCACCGGUCCACAACUCCAGCGCAGUGGACUGCAGAGAGAACAUGCCUUGCGAGCUGGAGCUACCACUGCUGUCCUGGGAGCAAUGGUACUACAUCCUUGUGGAGCGCUACCUCAGUACUGCAGACGUGUACUUCCGCAUUGGCGUACAGGUGAAAG